AUGUUCAACGACCUAGUCCUCGACGACAAGUUGUCGACAAAAAGAAGAAUUUACGUCAAUAACACUGAUUAUGAUUAUGAUUGUGACGAUGAUGAGAUUGAGUAUGUUGUCGAAGAAAAACUACGACCCGUCAAGUAUGUUCAACGUCCAAUUCGACGCGCCGUCUAUGUGUUAGAAGACGAUGAACCUCCACAACAGCCACAACCUUCACCUCGUCCACAAUCAAAAACAAUUCUUCGUCAGAAUGCUAAACCUGUCACUAUUCGUCGAUACACUAUCAGAACACUCGUGGAUAAUCCAGUUCCACCUGCUCCAGCUAAAAUUCAGUCAAAUGAUCAUACAUAUGUACGAGCAAUGGAUAUCAUUUUGGUUAAUCGAGCAAAACGUGGUUGGAAAUUACCAAAACCAAAACGCGAAGUACCCAUUGGAACUUUUAAAUAA